CCGCGCGGGCUUCCCAUCCCUGUGGAAGCUUCAUGCCAUUGUCUCGUUGUCAAAAACAGUCUGUCUAGUCGGAAACUUUGAAACCGGGUAAUUAUAGUUCAGGCUUGUUUCAGACCCUGCCAAAUCCAAGUAUGAGCUUAUGAGAAGUGAGAGUUUUUCGAGUAACUCUAGUAUGCAACAAGUAGUUGAACGCAGAAACGAGCAUUUCCAGAGAAGAGAAGCGCGGAGCAGGUGUUGCUGAAUGGCAUGAGUUGUUGAGCAGUGCCAGAAGUCAUGGCAGAGCUGGAGGUGGAUCAGUCCAACCUGCCCAGAGUCCAGGAGGUAUGCCAGUGUUUUGCUGUACUGGAGGAUGGAGCUCUAGCUCAUAACCUGCAGGAGCAGGAAAUUGAGCAGUACUACAACUCAAAUGUGCAGAGGAGUCAGCUGGUGCAAAGGGACAUCAGAGUAGCCAAGAGACUCCAGGAUGAGGAGGAGCAGAGGGCUCAGAUGCUGCAGCACCAGGCCACUCGCCAACUGGAGGAACGAGACUCAGAAUACGCACGCAUGAUUCAGGAGGAGAUCCAGCGGCGUUCAGAUGAAGCUCGGAGGAGGGAGGUGGAGGACGAGGAAGUAGCAAAAAGGAUACAGGAAGAGGAAGAGCUUUAUUUGAGACACAGGAGCAGUUACCAACAUAAAGAUGGUAGAGAGUCCACAAGCAUUCCUGCUCAUCCAUACUUACCCCAACCUGUUCAUGUACCUCACAACUGGUCUCCAACCAGACGAUGGCAGCACUUCUCCUCGCCCACCUACUCGGACUCUGAGGAGGACCUGAUGGAGUACAGUAGGCCUACAGUCAUACAACAGGACAGCAAACCCACUGUAGGGCAGAGGAGGCUGAUCGGCAGACCCAGAGCUCAUUUAGAGCAGGACGACAAAAGCAUGACCAGCCAAAGCAGCAGUAACAGAUCUUCACACCUGUCAGGUGGAUGGGGUGAUGUCAUUAAGCUCAUAAAGAACGAUAUGAGUGAGCAAGGCUACCUCAGCCACAGCUCUGAGGAUGAUCUCUUUGAACCAGUCUAUAAACUUGAGAAAAUAUUGCGACAGAAGCAGCAGGUCUCAGGAACGGGGCUGAGUCGACACAGCAGCAUGAGGGAGGAUCGUAACAGAAUGUGGCAGGGAGACGGUUGUGGCCAUAGAGAGAGUUUUAGGGAAAGACAUGUUCAUUUCCUGGAUGAACGGAAGCGCUCUAACAGUUAUCUUGCCAAUGGUUGUAGGACCUAUGAAAAUGGUCACAGGGACGCUAGGGAAAGAGUUCAGUGUUCAGUAGGGAUACUAAGAGAUGAUCACACACACCUCAGAGAAAAUCAAGGUCUCCACACUCAAGCUCAGGGGUUUCGACGAAACAUUUCAAUGCGACGUAGUUAUCGUGGUAACAUCAGGCGGACAUCAGUGCAUGAGGGAAGCAGAACAUGCAGCGUAGAUGAUUCUAACUUGGCUAGACCAAGACCCUCAAAUAAUGCCCCCUCACUGCAGCCUAGAGUGCCACAGUUGAUGGAGUUGGAAGUGGAGGACCGUUUGAGAGAUUUGAGAAAUUGGGAGAUGGCGAGAGGCAGAAAUGCAUGGCAGAGAGCUCGAUCAUUAAUGGAGGAUGAAAGGAGGAUAGACCAAGACCACAGGCGUGGAGAGUGUAGAGUGAGGCGAAGUCAAAGUGAACACUGUCAGACCUUCGAGGAAGAGAGAUCGAGCACAGAGGAAGAGUUGGAGAGGGAGAGCAGGAGGGAGGAAAGACGGAUACAAAGACUCCAGUCUUGCAGUGGGCACUCUUCUGGAGCAGGACCUGCUCUUAGGAGUGGAAGGGCUGCGCUUGACUUGGGAGAUUUGGAGCAAGUGCUGCUGGAUGAGGAGCUGGCCCGCAGGCUUCAGGAAGAGGAGGAGAGAUUGGCCGAAGAGACUCCGCAAGGUUCCUCUCCUCUUAGAAGGGACUGUCCUAUUGGAGACUUCAGAGCAGCACAGGUUGCUCAGGAUGAGGAAAUCGCACGUUUCAUGCAGAAACAGGAGAUAAAGACUAAACGGAGGUCUCGUGAGCUGGAACCUGUUCAAGAAUACAGAGAGAAUGAUAGGAGAACAGUAUGUGACAGACAGAGGCAGAGACUGAAUUCCGAAGGUCUUCAAUCCCCCGUUGAUGACUUCAACCCAGACAAUCAGCAGCCUAGUCACAUUUCCAUGACAAUGCAACCGCAAGCCAUCAGGAAUAUUGCAGAAGAGCUGGACCCCACCUUUCAAAGGAAGGACGCAGCUGAAUCAGGUCAAAGUAAUGAUUCCUGUCAAAAUCAAACUUCACAACAAGUAGGUUUGUACAGCCCCUUGGAGGAACCUACUUUUGUGCCCCCCACGAAACGACAGAGUGACAAACUGGGACGAGUAAAGCCCAAAGAGAAAAAGGAAAAUGCAAAACAGAAAGAGAACUGCAAGCAGCAGUGAUGCUGGACAUAUAAAAGUGUGAAAUCAACUGCAAUACUGAAUUAAUAACCAAAUUAGAUUAAAGAAAUACAUGCAUGUCCUGGCAGUUUGGGGCUUUCCAGUCUUCUGCUUUCUCCAAGACUUGGGAUACUUUUGUAAUCAACAAAUCAACUUGAACUUGCAAAACAGGGACACUCCGUUCAGAUAAUGCUGCUAUUGUUAGUAAACAUCUAAGCCAUGUCAUGCUCUUUUGGUUUGUUUCAUUUUUAUUUAGCAGCUGGUUAGAGGCUGGUAUGUAACCACAGAGGGAAAGCUACCACUAGCAGUACUUGGCAUUACACAUUUGACUUCUGGGAAAACCUGAAACGAUACUACGCUUUGAUAAAGGAAGUUGGCACAUGGUUGAGUGAACCUCUUUGGAGUUUUUCUGCAUGACUCUUGAUCUCUCAAGAUAUUCAAGCAGGCAUUCUUUUUAAAUUGCAUGUACUUUUUUUUGCUGUAUUCCAGGAACUACACUAGUCUUAAUUUGCCCAAAGUGUUAUUUUCAUUUCUAAUGGUCGCCUUCAUUAUUUUAGAAGUUGUGAAAACUUUUUGCAGAACCUGGUCAUGCAUUCACAUUGUAGAAAUUAAACAUUUACGGUUUAUAUUAUUUAUGUACUGAUACUGAAUGCUAACAUUAUACUGUAUAUGUUUUCAUUGUAUAUUAUGGCAACAAUGUAAAUAAUGUGUUGUCAUGAAUCAGUAGGCCUUCAUUGCCUAUAUAAAGUUUAAUGAAUGCUUUGUACAGAAGACAUAUAUAUAUAUAAAAUUAUAAUACCCAUAUCUUUCUUGAUUCACAUCAAUAAACACAUUUUACAUUUACAGCAGAAAUUGUGUGGAAUUAAAUUUGAACUGUAGACAAAGGUUAAGACUUUCCCUAAUAACCAACAAAUUCAUGCAAAUCUCUGCGGGAAGCACCUCAAACAUCAAUUUCUAGUGAGACCUUCU